UUUCAAUAAUACUAAUUCAACUGAAAUUUUUCGAUAGUCAGCAUUUUCUUUUUUAUUUCAGAGGAAUAAAAUUAUCCACCCAUUUUUUUGACGAGUCUAUUAAAACAAAUCUUUUUCUAUUUAUUUCUUAUUUUAGUCCAUUGAUUUAACUUUAUUAGAGACUCAUGAUAGUAUCGUUUAUUGUAGAUUGAACAUUAAUUGAAGACUGAAGGGAGUUUUUUCUCUUAUACUAAUGAACCCAACAUAGAAUUAGUCUAAAUUUAUUUCAGUCGGAAACCUGAUAUCUCUUUUAAGGUAUUAUCAACUUAGUUUAAUAAAUUGUGACAAAAAAGUAAUCUUCAUUUAUAACAUUAGUUUAGUGCUUACAUAAUAAUAGCACAUGUACAGAUAUUAUUUUAAAGUUAUUCAAAUUUUUUUCUUAAUGAUGUGAAAUACUGAGCCGGUUAAAUAAUCAUUAAGGCUUGUAAUUUUGAAUUCAACCGUGCAACAAGUGGUGUUAAAGUGAAAGAAAAUGUGUGUAAGCAAGGUAGUAUAGUAGUAGGGAUAAAGGCGAGUAUAGAUUGUACGGUGCCACCGUAGAAUUACGUAGACACUAUUAUACGCGCAAAUAUCUAUCUACAUAAGUGUGUAUCAUAUUGCAGAAGUUUUAUAAGUGAAGUGAAAAAAAAUUAAAUGCUACAUUUUUUAGCAUUCAGCUAUAUAUUAGCGCAACCAUCGUCUAAAUAAAAAUAUAAUAACAAUAAUAAUACAAUCAUCAUCAAUUAACAUUAAACUGGAAGUAUGUGUAACCAUCUGUGGGUGAAUCAGUGACUCUCAUAUCUACCGAAGUUUUUUGUUCUAUAAGUGGUCGAAUCAGUAGGAAUCUGUGCGGGGAAAAUAAAUCAAUUUAUGAAUUUUCCGCGAAAAUCUGAUGUAUCUUAAAAUUUUAAUUAUCACCUACAAAAUAAAAAUAUUUUAUCAUUAAAUAUUUUAUUUCAAGCUGGCUUCAUUUUCCUCAUUGAUUUUCAAUUGAUAAAAGGACUAAUCAACAAUUGGAUUCAUGGAAUGCGAAAGAAAAAAAGUGAUAUUAGAUAAUACAGUUCUUAAGUAUUGGUGAAUUAUGGAAGAACCUCAGAAACUUUUUAGGUUACCAGGUAAUGUCGAAGAAGAAGAAUGUGAAACCGAAAAUAGUGUAAGACAGAACGACAAUCCAUCUCAUGCGGAAUCUCCUUUGCUCUGUCAGAAGAUUCGCAAUGUCUCUUCAGCGAUACCACGUAAUCUAACUUUAGUUCGUGAAAAUACACAGGCCAGCAGUAUUGGAAAUGUCGGUCGCCAAGAUUCUACUAGGAGCCGCUACAGAACAGGGCCAAUAAGAAGAUCUCGUAGACGAGCAGUAUUCAAAAAUGGCGAUUGCAAUGUCCUACAAUCUCGAAUAUCUCGCAGAUCGUUGCGUUUUCUGCAAGAUAUUUUCACAACUCUUGUUGACACACAAUGGCGUUGGACAUUACUUUGUUUUACGCUAAGUUUCGUUUUAUCUUGGCUUGGUUUUGCAGUCAUUUGGUGGCUUAUUGCCUUUACUCAUGGAGACUUCGAAAAAAACCAUUUACCUCCCGUUCAAGCUCAGAAUAAUUGGACACCAUGUAUUUACAAUAUAUUUUCGUUCACCAGUUGUUUCUUAUUCUCGGUUGAAACUCAACACACUAUUGGAUAUGGCAGCCGAUCGACAACGGAAGAAUGCCCUGAAGCCAUAUUUGUAAUGUGCAUUCAGAGUAUUGCUGGUGUCAUGAUUCAAUCAUUUAUGGUUGGUAUUGUAUUUGCUAAAAUGAGCAGACCAAAACAACGCACACAGACGUUAUUAUUUUCACGAAACGCAGUAAUCUGUCAGCGAGAUGGUGAACUUUGUUUCAUGUUUCGUGUUGCUGAUAUGAGGAAAUCUCAUAUAAUUGGUGCCACUGUAAGGGCACAAGUAAUUCGAUCUACAACAACUAAAGAAGGAGAAACACUCACUCUCAAUCAAGAAGAACUAAAUGUGGGCACAGACGGUAAAAAUAGCAAUAUCUUCUUUAUUUGGCCUAUGACGAUAAUUCAUCAAAUCAACGCUGAAUCACCUUUCUAUGAUAUGUCAGCCGAAGAUAUGCUGACAGAAAGAUUUGAAGUUGUUGUUAUUCUUGAAGGCACAAUUGAAUCCACUGGACAAACCACUCAGGCAAGGUCCAGUUAUUUACCUCAUGAAAUUCUAUGGGGCCAUCGCUUUGAGCCAAUGGUAGAUUAUUCGAAAGAACGCCAAGGAUAUGAAGUGGAUCAUUCACUUUUUAAUUCUACUACCCAAGUUGAUACACCAUUGUGCUCUGGGAGAGAACUUACUGACUUUUAUAAAAUUCAAGAUGAUUCACGCUACAGUACAGACGGAAUGAGCUUGAAGAAAAAUUCUGGAGACUCGACAAUGCCAUUAAUACUGACAACAUACAACCAAAAUGAUGAUUCAAGUUACUUGAGUCCACAAGGUUAUAUUUAUCAGAGAUCAUCAAAACUUCACGUUAACGUUCCAUUAAUUGACGAAGCUCAAGGACUGUGAAUAUCUAUUAUUACUUGAAUAGAAUUCCAAAUAUGAAUUUAAUUUUCAGGACUAAAUGUAUUUAAAAGAAUUCCAUUCCAUCAUAUAAAUGAUAUUAUAGAUUAUCGUUAUAAAAUGAAGUUAGCUCCAGUAAGCCAUUCCGUUUUUUAGAUGUAUGGAUCACAAUCGUAUAAUCUAUUAGAAGUUAACAUAGCUAAUUAUCACUGUUUACACUUAAAAAAAAUGAUAGAAAGUUGUUGAGCCAUAUAAUUAUUUUUUAGAAAUAGAUAAAUUAUUAUUCUUGAAAUUAAAAAACAGUUUAAGCAUAAAUAAACUUGUAUCAUUUGCUUCGUA